AUGUUUGCUAUGACACCAUCCUGCCCUCGAUUCACUAGCAUUCCUGGCAUCACCUCUGCCCAAAGGAAAGAACCCCCAUCCUGCCUCAAAGCAGCCAGUAUUGCUGGCCUCCCUUCUGAACCAAGGCAAGAGCCAAAUGUGGUUAGCAUUCUGUCUACUUGCCCUAGACUUUCUAGGGUUUCUGGUUUACCCUCGACACAGACAAUCAGUUCUAGAGAUGAAGAUUGGCUUGUGGACAGAAAGCCACUGUGGGAAAAGCCAUUGAGGAAAAUGGAUGUGAUGAUUCAACCAUUUUCUCCAGCUCUUGGCAUAGCAUAUAAAGACAAAAUGAUGUUGAAAUAUAUGGUAGCCAUGUUACCAUCAUGCCCUAGGAAGGCCAGUAUUCCUGGCUUUCCUUCAAAACUGAAGCAGAGGUUAGGAUCCCCAAGAAUGAUCAUGAAGUAUGAUCUUCUUCCUACUUGCCCUAAACUUUCCAUAGUUUCUGGUUUACCCUCUAGACAUCCAACUGAGUCAGAGCCUGACUACUGGCAUGCUAUAAGGGGGCCAAUAAUAGAAAAGCCAUUGAGGAAAACAGUUGAGCUGAUCCCAUCACUUUCUGUAGCACAUGCAAUGUCAAAUGAGCACAAAGAACUUAUGAAAAAUAUGGUUGCUAUGUUACCAUCUUGCCUGGAAAAGGUUGGUGUAGCUGUUGUAGCAUCUGCGCCAUGGCAAGAGUCAAAUAGGCAUCCUACUUGCCCUAAACUUCCCAGAGUACCUGGUUUACCCUCUAGACUUCCAAACAAUUCUGAUGAUAUUGACUGGAAUGUGGACUGCAGUCCACUGUGGGAGAAGCCAUUGAAGAAAAGAGAGGGACUUAUUUUACAAGAUCAGGAAAUGGCAUUCAAAGACACUGAAAUGAUGAAAGACAUAGUAGCCAUGUUGACAACUUGCCCAAGGAAGGCAACUAUCCCUGGAUUUCCAUCUGCACCCAUGCAAGAGCCCAGUAUGGUAAACCUUAUGCCUACAUGUCCUAGACUGGCUAGAGUUUCUGGUUUGCCUUCCAAACAGCCAACCACGUCUAGAGAUGAAGAUUGGUUUGUGGACAGAAUACCACCGUGGGAGAAGCCAUUGAGGAAAAGGGAUGUGCUUAUCCUACCAAUUUCUUUAGCUCAUUAUAAAAAUAAAGACAUUGUGGAAAAUAUGGCAGGUAUGGUACCAUCUUGCCCAAGGAAGGCCAGUGUACCUGGUUUCCCCUCUGCACCAAGGCAAGAGCCAGAUAUGGUUAACCUUCUGCCUACUUGCCCUAGACUCUCUAGGCUUUCUGGUUUACCCUCUAGAGAGCCAAUCAGGUCUAGAGAUAAAGAUUUGCUUGUGGACAGAGUUCCACUGUGGGAGAGGCCAUUGAAGAAAAGAGAGGGAGUUAUUUCACAAGAUCAGGAAAAGCCAUUCAAAGACACUGAAAUUAUGAAAAAUAUGGUAGCCAUGUUGCCAUCUUGCACCAGGAAGGCCAGUAUUCCUGGCUUCCCUUCUGCACCAACGCAAGAGCUGAAUAUGGUUAACCUUCUGCCUACUUGCCCUAGACUGGCUAGAGUUUCUGGUUUACCCUCCAAACAGCCAAUUAUGUCUGAAAAUGUUGAGUGGCAUGCUAACAGCAGGCCACUCUUGGAGAGACCAUUGAGGAAAAUAACAGCAUGUCUAAUGCAGGAAAUACCACACAAGGACAAUGAGCUUAUGAAAAAUAUGGUGGUCAUGUUACCAUCUUGCCCAAGGAAGGCUAGUGUCCCUGGCUUUCCAUCUGCACCAAGGCAAGAGCCAAGUAUGGUUGACAUAAUGCCAAAUUGUCCAAGGGAAUCUAGAGUUCCUGGAUUGGCAGCUAUCGAACAGACACAAACAGUAGAGUGGCCAGUUGAUAAAGAGUCACUGUUGACACCUAGAGAAAGGCCAGAAGAAUCAAUGUUCCAUUUGGAGGAUGUUGGCAGAGUCUAUCAUGAUACUGAACUUGUGAAGAAUAUGGUAGCUUUGUCACCAUCCUGCCCCUGGAAGGCCAGUGCACCUGCUCCAAGGCAAGAGCCAAGUAUGAUUAAUCAUCUGCCUACUUAUCCUAGACUUUCCAGAGUUUUUGGUCUACCUUCUAGACAUCUGCAUAAGUCAGAAAAUGAUGACUGGUAUGCUAACAGGCCACUUUUGGAGAGGCCAUUGAAGAAAAGUACAGUUUACGUGCAGGAAAUGCCACACAAGGAUAAAGAACUUACAAAAAAUAUGGUAGAUAUGUUACCAUCUUGCCCGAAUAAGGCCAGGAUUCCAGGCUUCCCCUCUGCACCGCAGUUGAAGCUAGAAGACCCACCAAGUAUGAGCAGUCUUCUGCCUACUUGCCCUAAACUUUCUAAGGUUUCUGGUUUACCCUCUAGAGAGCGAAUCAGGUCUAGAGAUGAAGAUUGGCUUGUGGACAGAGUGCCACUCUGGGAGAAGCCAUUGAGGGAAAGGGGUGAGCCAAUUCUAGACAUUUCUCCAGCUCAUGAUAAAGACAAAGAUCUGAAACAUAUGGUAGCUAUGGUACCGUCUUGCCCCAGGAAAGCCAGUGUACCUGGCUUCCCUUCUGCACCAAGGCAGAGAUCAGUAGAAACUCCAAGUAUGGUGAAUCUUGUGCCUACUUGCCCAAAGGUAUCGACCGUUUCUGGAUUGCCAGCUUUGGAUCAGAAUCAGGCACCAGAUUGGCCAGUAGAUAAAGAUUCUUUGAAUAUGUCACCAAGAGAAAGGUCAGGAUUAUUAGAUAAUUUUGGCACAGUCUAUAAUGAUAGUGAAAUGGUCAGCACCAUGGUUGCUCUUACACCAUCCUGCCCAAGAGCAGCCAGUAUUCCUGGCUUCCCCUCUGCACCAAGGCAAGAGCCAAUUAUGAUUAACCUUCUGCCUACUUGUCCUAGACUUUCCAGAGUUUUUGGUUUACCUUCUAGACAUCUGCAUAAGUCUGAAAAUGUUGUCUGGCAUGCUAACAGGAGGCCUCUUUUGGAGAGGCCAUUUAAGAAAAUAACAGUUUCUUUGGUACAGGCAAUGCCACACGAGAACAAAGAAUUUACAAAUAACAUGGUAGAUAUGUUACCAUCUUGCCCGAAGAAGGCCAGGAUUCCUGGUUUUCCCUCUGCACCACAUCCCAAAGCUGAGAUAGAUCUUAGUAUGUUGAGUCUUGUUCCUGCUUGCCCUAAAGUUUCCAGUCUCCCGGGUUUCGCAUCCAUUGAAGGGCCUACAACAUUAGAGUGGCUUGUUGACCCAAAGCCUAUGUUUGAACACUUGCAAAAGAAGGAGGAGGAAGAAUAUGUUUUUCCAAAAGACCAAUCAAAAGAAGACAGUGACAAAAUGAAAGCAAUGGUUGCUUUGGUGCCAUGUUGCCCAGUAGCAUCCAUGAUUCCUGGUUUCCCUUCUGCACCAUAUAAAAAGGCUGAGGAGGCACCAAGUAUGAUGCGUCUUGUUCCCUCCUGCCCUAAAAUGUCUAGUCUCCCUGGUUUUCCAUCCAUUGUGGGGAAUAGGGAAACAGGGUGGGUAGUUUACGAGAGGCCAUUGUUCAAGAGACUUCCAAAGGAGAGGAAAGUCAUUAUUGACAGCUUAAAGGUAGACAAAGAGGAAAUGAAAACCAACGUUCCUUUGAGGCCAUCAUGCCCUCAUGCUGCACGGAUCCCUGGCUUCCCAUCUGCACCACAACCCAAUAUGUUGAGUCUUGUUCCCACUUUCCCUAAAGUUUCCAGCCUCCCGGGUCUCGCAUCCACUGAGGGGGGUAAAACAGAGUGGUUUGUUGACCCGAAUCCUAUGUUUGACCACUUGCAGAAGAAGAAGAAGGAAGACGUUUUUCCAAAAGACGGAUCAAAGGAAGACAUUGACAAAAUGAAAGCAAUGUUUGCUUUGAUGCCAUCUUGUCCUGAAUCAUCUGUGAUUCCAGGCUUCCCCUCUGUACCUGGGAAUAAAUUUGCAGACACACCAAGCAUGAUCAGUCUUCUGCAGACUUGCCCUAAACUUUCUAAAGUUUCUGGCUUACCUUCUAGACUUCCUAACAAUUCAGAUAAAGAUGGCUGGUGUGUGGACAAGAGGCCACUGUGGGAGAGGCCAUUAAAUAACAGAGACACACUAGCCCUUUGUCCAGUGCAAAGAUUAUCAUUCAAAGAGAGAGCAAUGAUAAGAAUUAUGGUGUCUAUGUUACCACCUUGCCCAAUAAAAGCCACCAUUCCAGGCUUUCCCUCAUCGUCACGGCACAAGUCGGAUAGGGCUCAUGUUAGGGUGAUCCCAAGCAUGGUACAUCUAUGGCCUACCUGCCCGAAACAUGCAAGGGCUUCAGGUUUCGUCUCAAGACGUCCAUCCAAGGCAGGACAUGAUGUCUGGCAUGUUGACAGGGAGCCAUUUUGGGUUAAAUCAUUGAGGAAAGGAGAGGGGCUUAAUCUCCAGCUUUCUCCAGUUGAGGAUAUGUCAUUCAGAGACAGAGAAAUAAUGACAAGUAUGGUCCAUUCAUGCCCAGCAAAAGCCACCCUUCCUGGCUUCCCAUCGGCUCCACGAGCCCAAACUGCUCAUGUUGAAGUAGAAAAAGAGCCAUGCAUGAUUUCCCUUUUCCCAUCUUGCCCGGAAGUGUCUAGUAUCAUUGGUUUUCCUUCAAGACAAUUGAUCAUGUCGGAUGAUGGUUAUGUAGAGGGCUGGCCGAUGGUCAAAAGUGUAGUCUGGGAGAAAUCACCAACGAGGGUUGCUAAUACUCUGGAGACUCUGGAUUGCUCUCCAUUUGAAGGAGACUGUUGUUACAGAGACAAAGUCAUGAUAAAGGCAAUGUUAUCUCUUAUACCAUCCUGUCCAAGUGUUGCUUUGAGUCCAGGUUUCCCAUCUCUUCAGCUUUGUCCAUCUGAGGAAAUGUCAUUUAAAGACAGAGAAAUAUUGACAAGUAUGGUGCUGUCAUGCCCAGCAAAAGCCACCCUUACUAACUUCCCAUCGGUUCCACAAGCAAAAGAUGCUCAUGUUGAAGUAGAGAAAAAGCCAUGCAUGACUUAUCUUUCCCGAUCUUGCCCGGAAGUUUCUAGUAUAAUUGGUUUUCCUUCAAGACAGUCAGUCAUGUCUGAUUAUGCUUAUGUAGAGGGCUGGCCGACAGUCAAGAGUGUACUAUGGGAGACACCACCAACGAGGGUUGCUAAUACUCUGGAAUGCUCUCCAUUUGAGGGAGACCGUUGUGACAGAGACACACUCAUGAUAAAGGCAAUGUUAUCUCUUGUACCAUCCUGUCCAAGUGUUGCUCUAUGUCCGGGCUUUCCAUCUGUGCCACAGCUCAAAAUAGAGAAGCUUCCGAGUAUGGUGAAUAUUGUGCUAUCUUGCCCCAACAUUCCUAAUGUUAUUGGGCUCCCAUCCGUAAAGAUAGAACUAGCAGAGCAGGAUCCAGUUAAGGGUUGGCCAGCUGACCAAAAGCCAUUGUUAGAGAAGCCAGUGAAGGCGAGGCUCUCUGUGACUGUACUUUCAUCCCCAGUUAUGAGUAGAUCAAAAGACGACAAAGAGUUUGAUAGACAUAUGAUGGCCCUGGAGCCAACGUGCCCAGAAGAAGCCAAAAUACCUGGUUUUCCCUCUGCCCCAAGACCCAAGGCAGAGCAAUAUAUUACUUCCACAGUUAAAUCGUCAUGCUCCAAUGUUGCCAAAGUGUCUGGCUUUCCCUCUUUACAACUAGAGAAAGUAGAUAAGGUUUUAGUAGAGUACUGGGCUGUGGAGCAUGGACCAUUAUGGCAGAAAACACAGAAAGAGAUUCCAGCUAUUGGAGUCAGUAGAUCAGAUGAUGCCAACGGAAUGGCAGCUAUGUUAUUAUCUUGCCCAAAAGAAGCUAGUAUACCUGGCUUUCCAUCAGCACCAUGGCCUAAAGAAGAACAAGAGCCAAACAUGCCCAGUCUUUUGCCAACUUGCCAAAUGGUUACACAUGUCCAAGGGAUUUCAUCCACAAAGACGCAAAAUCAAGAGGAUGCUCCAAUUCAUCAGUGGCCCGUGGAGGAGAGGCCAUUUUGGGAAAAGUCACUGAAAGAGAAAACAGUGCAGUCUCUGGCUCCCACUCAUGAUGAAUUAGAGAAGGGAAUGGUGUCUAUGUUGCCAUCUUGCCCAAGUGAGGCCAUUGCACCUGGCUUUCCAUCGACACAUUGUCAAACGCCUCUCCACAGUGAUUCGUCUCUCAAUCAACAGUCAAGUCGAGGUAAAAGGCCUGAGUGGGCGGAGGAGAUAUAUGACUGCAAGGAGGGCCAAACAGAGCUUAGCCACAAACCCAAACUAAUCAAAGCAGUGGUGAAUGAGAACAAACAAGAAUUUAAACAUGGCUCAGUUUUGGAGAGGCUCAAGGAAGAGGGGGUCAUUCAGACCAGAUAUGAGGCGCAAGAAGUGGGCGUUCUAGAAAGAGGGUGAGUGAAUAGGAGUAGGAGAGGAGACGAUUCUAAAUCUGCAUUAUGGCACUUUUAUGAGACUUUAAAGCACAUUUCUCUGCCUGUCAGUUGCCUGUCAGAUAGAGUAUGAAACACUUGCAUUUCAACUCUGUUUUCAGACACUUGCACUGCCGAAUGUGGCACUCCAUUCCUACAGACAUGCCAUUAUUCUUGACUGUCAGAGAGAGGUGGGUUGUGUUGGUUUGCUGCAGGAGUGCAGCUGUUCUUGUUUGACUGCUUACAAUAAUGCUUUUGCACCAUCUGCUCCACAUCUGUCUGACACUACUGUGUUUUUUGCACUAUUCUUGCAAGGUGCAUGCCCUGUGCUUUUCACUGUGUAAUUCUUCCCAUUUAUUUGGUCUCUCACUUCCUGUCACGCUCUUUCAGCCGUUCGCGUCAGCCUCCCAUCCAAGGGGGACAGCCAUUGCCGUAUGGGAUGGGAGCAACUGUUGACAAUGAGAUUGUGGCACUAGCAGAGUAUCAAGUUGUAGAGGACUUGGACAUGAUAUGUGAGGAAGAAGCGGUAAAGGAAGACUUAGAGUCAGUCUCUGGAAUGGAGCAUUCUGGGAAGGAAGAGGUUACUGUGGCUAGGCAGGUGAAAGUGUAUGAGAUGCGGUAAGUGUGAAAGGGCCACAGCGCUCAACCUCACUACCUGCCAGCAUGGUGCUGGUUUAGUAGUGUUGAUCUGCAUGGUGUUGCAUUCCUAUUGCUGUUUUUGGAGUUUGGAUUUAACAUUACUUAAACAGAGCAUUAGCCAAAUGCAGGAAUGGUAUGAAAUCGAAUUGUAGGAUUUGUGCUUCUAGACUUAAUUUAAUUUCCCAAUAUGUUGCAUUAUUAGUUACAAUUUUAAUGAAUAUAUACACUGAACAAUAAUAUAAACGCAACAUGUAAAGUGUUGGUUCCAUGUUUCAUGAGCUGAAAUAAAAGAUCCCAGAAAUGUUCCAUAUGCACAAAAAGCUUAUUUUUCUAAAAUGUUGUGCACAAAUUUGUUUACAUCCAUUAGUGUGCAUGUAUCCUUUGCCAAGAUAAUCCAUCCACCUGACAGGUGUGGCAUAUCAAGAAGCUGAUUAAACAGCAUGAUCAUUACACAGGUGCACCUUGUGCUGGGGGAAAUAAAAGGCCACUCUAAAAUGUGCAGUUUUGUCACACAACACAAUGCCACAGAUGUCUCAAGUUUGGAGGGAGCGUACAAUUGGCAUGCUGACUGCAGGAAUGUCCACCAGAGCUGUUGCCAGAUAAUGUCAUGUUAAUUUCUCUACCAUAUGCCGUCUCCAACUUAAUUAUUGAGAAUUUGUCAGUACGUCCAACCGGCUUCACAACCGCAGACCACGUGUAACCACGCCAGCCCAGGACCUCCACAUCCGGCUUCUUCACUUGCGGGAUCUUCUGAGACCAGCCACCCGGACAGCUGAUGAAACUGUGGGUUUGCACAACUAAAUAAUUUCUGCACAAACUGUCAGAAACCGUCUCAAGGAAGCUCAUCUGCGUGCUCGUUGUCCUCACCAGGGUCUUGACCUGACUGCAGUUCGCCAUCGUAACCGAUUUCAGUGGGCAAAUGCUCACCUUUGAUGACCACUGGCACGCUGGAGAAGUGUACUCUUCACGGAUGAAUCCCGGUUUCAACUGUACCGGGUAGAAUUCCUGGAAGCUGAACAUUUCCCAGUUUUUCCAUGGCCUUAAUACUCAUCAGAGAUGUCACCCAUUGAGCGUGUUUGUGAUACUGUGGAUUGACGUGUACGACAGCGUUUUCCAGUUCGCACAGCCAUUGAAGAGGAGUGGGACAACAUUCCACAGAUCACAAUCAACAGCCUGAUCAACUCUAUGUGAAGUAGAUGUGUCGAGCUGCAUGAGGCAAAUGGUGGUCACACUAGAUACUGACUGGUUUUCUGAUCCGCGCCCCUACCUUUUUUUAAGGUAUCUGUGACCAACAGAUGCAUAUCUGUAUUCCCAGUCAUGUGAAAUCCAUAGAUUAGGGCCUAAUGCAUUUAUUUAAAUUGACUGAUUUCCUAAUAUGAACUGUAACUCAGUAAAAUCUUUGAAAUUGUUGCAUGUUAUAUUUUUGUUCAGUAUACAUUUUUGCAAGCAUGGUUUUGAAAAAACCCUUACAUUUGAUUGUGUGGUAUUUAUGCACAUAGAUUGGCUCUUAUCUUGAUUUAAAUGUUUGCAUUAUUAAUUGUAAUUUUUGUGAAUAGUCAGAUCAUGUUUGAGCAUGAGUUUUGGUUUGUGUGUGAUCGUUUUAGAUGGUCAUUUCCAAUUGAUUGCUUUGUUCUUAGUUGAAAACUCUGCUUUCAUGGUUGUUAUAGUCACCUCUGACCGUGGUUUACCCUCUCCUCAGACCGCAAAACAUGGUUUCAUCAUGCCCAAGAGUUGCCAGUGCACCAGGGUUUCCAUCCACCCAAACAUCCUGUUCAGAGGCUCAAUUAGAAGACUGCCCAGUGGACACGAGCGUAUUAUUGGAGAAGCCAACAAAGGACGCUCCACAGCUGGCCAUGGAUAGAUCAAAAGAGGAGAGAGACAUGGUGAGAGUUAUGGCAGAUAUGGUCCCAUCUUGCCCAAGAACUGCCAGCAUUCCAGGCUUUCCGUCUACACAUCUGUCCAAGGAAGUCAAGGUAGAGAGGGAAUCUAACAUGGCAGAUCUAAUGCCAUCCUGUCCAAGAGUGGCUGGCACACUCAGAUUCCCUUCUCUUGAAAGUCAGGUAGAGGAGUGUACAAUCAACACUGAGGCAAUUUGGGAGAAGACAGUGAAGGGGAAAGAAGGGGUGACCAUUAGGUCCAGUCCACAUUUGGACAGAUUACAAGAAGAGCUAAUGAAACACACGGUGACUAUGGAGCCAUCGUGCCCUACUGCAGCAAGUAUUCCCGGCUUCCCCUCUGCACCACAUCCCAAAGCUGAGGUAGAUCUAAGUAUGUUGAGUCUUGUGCCCGCUUGCCCUAAAGUUUCCAGUCUCCCGGGUUUCGCAUCCACUGAGGGAGCUACAACAUUAGAGUGGCUUGUUGACCCUAAGCCUAUGUUUGAGCACUUGCAGAAAAAGAAGAAGAAAGAAGAAGAAAAUGUGUUUCCAAAAGACAGAUCAAAAGAAGACAGUGAAAAAAUGAAAGCAAUGGUUGCUUUGAUGCCAUGUUUCCCAAAAGCAUCCCUGAUUCCUGGCUUCCCCUCUGCACCACAUCCAGAAGCUGAAGUGGGGAUAAGUAGUGUGAAUCUUGUUCCCUCCUGCCUUAAAGUUUCUAGUCUCCCUGGUUUUCCAUCCAUUGAGAGGAAUAGGGAAGCAGGGUGGGUUUUUGAUCAGAGCUCAUUGUUCAAGAGACCGUUAAAGGAUAGGAAAGUCAUUAUUGACAGCUUAAAGGUAGACAAAGAGGAAAUGAAAACCAACGUUCCUUUGAGACCUUCAUGUCCUGAUGCUGCAAGGAUCCCUGGCUUCCCAUCUGCACCACAACCCAAUAUGUUGAGUCUUGUUCCCACUUUCCCUGAAGUUUCCUGUCUCCCUGGCUUCACAUCCACUGAGGGGUUUACAACAUUAGAGUGGCUUGUUGAGCCCAAGCCUAUGUUUGAGCACUUGCAGAAGAAGAAGAAAGAAGAAGACAUUUUUCCAAAAGACACAUUUAGGAAGGAAGACAUUGAAAAAAUGAAAGCAAUGAUUGCUUUGGUGCCAUGUUGCCCAGAAGCACCCAUGAUUUCUGGCUUCCACUCUGUACCGCAACCCCAAGAUGUCUAUUUUGAGCCAACUAUACUCAACCUUCUUCCAUUGUGUCCAAAAGUCUCCAGUAUUGCAGGUUUCCCAUCCCGUCAGCAAACUGACAGAAAAGAUUGCCACACAGAUCUGCCCGAGGAUCAUCAGCCAUUAUGGGAGAAGAAAAUUAAGGUGAACCCAGUUUUGAUAAUGGAAAGAUCAGAAAAAGACAAAGCCAAGAUGAAAGGAAUGGUGGCUUUGGUUCCAUCUUGUCCCAAAGUGGCUCAUAUCCCUGGUUUCCCAUCUGUAUCACAUCCCAAAGUAGUAUUUUAUGGGCCAAGUAUGAUCAGUCUAUCAUGCCCAAAAGUAUCCAGUAUUGCAGGUUUCCCAUCCCAUCAGCAAACUGACAGAAAAGAUUGGCACACAGAUCUGCCCGAGGAUCAUCAACCAUUAUGGGAGAAGAAAAUGAAGGUGAAGCCUGUUGUUAUAAUGGAAAGAUCAGAAAAAGACAAAGAAAGUAUGAAAGGGAUGGUGGCUCUGGUUCCAUCCUGUCCAAAAAUGUCUCUGGUGUCUGGUUUCCCAUCUGUACCACAACCCAAAGAGGUCUAUUAUGGGCCAAGGAUGAUCAGUCUAUCAUGUCCAAAAGUCUCCAGUAUUGCAGGUUUCCCAUCCCGUCAGCAAACUGACAGAAAAGAUUGGCACACAGAUCAGCCUGAGGAUCAUCAGCCAAUAUGGGAGAAGCAAUUGAAGAAGAAGCUCAUGUUAUUGAUGGAAAUAUCACAAAAACACAAACAAGAAAUUAAAGGAAUGUUGGCUCUGGUACCAUCUUGUCCGAAAGUGGCUCGUACCCCUGGUUUCCCAUCUGUACCACAACCCAAAGUAGUAUAUUAUGGGCCAAGUAUUGUCAACCUUCUUCCAUUGUGUCCAAAAGUCUCCAGUAUUGCAGGUUUCCCAUCCCGUCAGGAAACUGAAAGAAAAGAUUGGCACACAGAUCAGCCCGAGGAUCAUCAGCCAUUAUGGGAGAAGAAAAUGAAGGUGAAGCCUGUUGUUAUAAUGGAAAGAUCAGAAAAAGACAAAGAAAGUAUGAAAGGAAUGGUGGCUCUGGUUCCAUCCUGUCCAAAAAUGUCUCUGGUGUCUGGUUUCCCAUCUGUACCACAACCCAAAGAGGUCUAUUUUGGGCCAAGGAUGAUCAGUCUAUCAUGUCCAAAAGUCUCCAGUAUUGCAGGUUUCCCAUCCCGUCAGCAAACUGAAAGAAAAGAUUGGCACACAGAUCAGCCCGAGGAACAUCAGCCAUUAUGGGAGAAGAAAAUGAAGGUGAAGCCUGUUGUUAUAAUGGAAAGAUCAGAAAAAGACAAAGAAAGUAUGAAAGGAAUGGUGGCUCUGGUUCCAUCCUGUCCAAAAAUGUCUCUGGUGUCUGGUUUCCCAUCUGUACCACAACCCAAAGAGGUCUAUUAUGGGCCAAGGAUGAUCAGUCUAUCAUGUCCAAAAGUCUCCAGUAUUGCAGGUUUCCCAUCCCGUCAGCAAACUGACAGAAAAGAUUGGCACACAGAUCAGCCCGAGGAUCAUCAGCCAUUAUGGGAGAAGGAAAUGAAGAAAAAGCCAGUUGUGAUAUUGGAAAGAUCAGAAGAAGACGAAGACCAUAUGAAAGGGAUGUUGGCUCUGGUUCCAUCCUGUCCAAAUAUGUCUUUGGUGCCUGGUUUCCCUUCUGUACCACAACCCAAAGUAGUAUAUUAUGGGCCAAAUAUGAUCAACCUUCUUCCAUUGUGUCCAAAAGUCUCCAGUAUUGCAGGUUUCCCAUCCAAUCAGCAAACUGAAAGAAAAGAUUGUCACACAGACCCACCCAAGGAGCAUCAACCAUUAUGGGAGAAGCAAAUGAAGAAGAAUCUGAUUUUAUUGAUGGAAAUAUCAGAAAAAGACAAACAAGAAAUGAAAGGAAUGGUGGAUCUGGUACCAUCAUGCCCUAUUGCAGCAAGUAUUCUUGGCUUCCCCUCUGCACCACAUUCCAAAGCUGAGGUAGAUCUAAGUAUGUUGAGUCUUGUGCCCGCUUGCUCUAAAGUUUCCAGUCUCCCUGGUUUUGCAUCCACUGAGGGGGCUACACAUUUAGAAUGGCUAGUUGACCCCAAGCCUAUGUUUGAGCACUUGCAGAAGAAGAAGAAAGAAGAAAACAUUCUCCCAAAAGGAGGAUCAAAAGAAGACAUUGACAAAACAAGAGCAAUGGUUGCUUUGGUGCCAUGUUGCCCAGAAGCAGCCGGGAUUCCUAGCUUCCCCUCUGCACCACAACCUAAGAAGAAAGUAGAUAGUGUGGAUUUCACACAAUCUUGCCUCAAAAUCUCCAGUCUACCAGGUUUGCCAUCUACGGCCAAAGUCCAGACAGGAAAUUGGCACGUUGAACAGAAGCCUCUGUUUGAGAAGACACUGAAAGAUAAGACCAUAAUAAUCAAAGAUAGGUCAGCAGACAAAGAAAAUAUGAAAAAUAUAGUGGCAUGUGAAAGUCUCACUCCUGGAUUCCUGUCCUUACUACAACCUAAAGCAAUGGAAGAACAAACCAUGUCUGCUUUACUCCUAUCUUGUCCAAAUGAAUCUACAGUACCUGGAUUACCUUCUAGACAGCCAAUUGAAUUGGCUCUGGCCCAGGGAGAAGAAUCUGUGAGUUCUAUGCAGCCAUUGUAUGAAAAACCAUUGAAGGAUAGGUCAGAAGAUACCGUGCUUUCCAAGCCUGACCUAGGCAGUGCAGUUGGAGAUGAAGGCCUUAAAACUAUGGUUGCACUGGCACCAUCUUGCCCCGAGGCAGCAAGCAUUCCUGGUUUUCCGUCUGCGCCCCCUCACGGUGCAGAGUCUGUAGAGGCACAUGGUAAGAUAUGUGUGGUUAAGCAUGUAAUAUCCUAUUUCCAGUGACUCGCAUAGCAAGUGGAAUGCAACAUUAUAUUUGCUUUUGGUUUUUAAGAGACAAGUAUGCAGACAGAGGAGAAAGAGGUUGCUGGGGAACCAGCAGAGUAUGUUCUAGAUAAGGGGUAAGUGUUUGAGCAUAUGGCUCUCUGCAUGGAUUGCAGUGGUACUGAUAUGUUGUUGUUUGUCUUAUUUGGCCUGCCAUUGCUACUGGAAAGCCAGAUAUUUGAGCUCUGGCAAACCUCUGAAGUAACUGUCCAGUGAAAAUCUCACUUUUAAAAGUUAAUAUCCUGUUAACUCAUAUUUGUGGCCGAAGCAUACAUUGGAGAAAAAACACUUAAAAACCCGCCAACAGACUGUUUCAAAAGUGCUUGCUAUUUCCUGAUAGAGGAUGAUGUCAUUAUGAGCUGGCCAAUCAGCGGUCUACUUGCAUGAAUAUUUUGACCAGUAUACGCCCACACCAUUCUGUUGUUGGAGUACGCCCACACCAUUCCAAAAGAGAAAAGCUGCUUUUUAACAUACUUAAUUAAAAUGUUUGGAAGGAAAACUAUUUCACUCAUAUUGCAAUUAAUUAUAGGUCUCUGGAAACACUAAACAGUUAGUUUUAAAGACUGCAUGGCAUUUGGUCGUUUUCAAGAUGUUCUGCAUCUGAGAUGUGUUUUAGGUCUGUGAGCCUCUUAAAUGACGAUCAUAUAUUAUGGAUUGAUAUUCUUACUGAAUUUGUGACGGAUGAGUCGUUGUGGUGCAUACCAACAACUUAGUGUGUUUUUCUGUGCGUGGCAUGGAUUCUGUGGGGAUGUUCUUUUCAAUGUUCACCUCUCAUGUUAGUGUCCUCAGCAGCCCACAAAUAGAGAAGGUCACAUCUGAGGAGAUCCAAAAGCCCUCAGCAGUGUCAGAACCAGAGCAAGUCUUGGGGUGGGAGGUGCUGGAGGCUGAGGGUUCUGUGGCAGAGAAGCUGGAGGAGGCCUCUGGCCUUCUACAGACUAUUGUUGGUGUCUUCUCCAGAGGGUAAGUGGGAGAUUGGUGUGAGGCAAAAUGUGUAGUGUGCUUACUUUUUAGAAAGUAGUAGCAUUCUGACUCACGAGUCCACUUAAGGUCAUUAUAUUCACCAGUGUCACCCUCAUGUUCACUAGUUGUUUAGAUUUCUGUUUGCAUGUGAUGGCAUUUUCUAUUUUCAUCAUGGAUUGACAAUUUGAUCAAAUGUAGAACUUUGAGCAUCUUUCGUAUGCGAUUAAUAAAAUACAUUUCUUGAUGAUUGAAGUUUGAACGAUCUGUGUUUAUUCACCUUGAUUUCUGAGAAGACUUGAGACUUUGUAUAUGGUUGGCAUGCUCCCAAUGUGUAUCACUCUUGUUUUAGGGCUCAAUCCCUCACUUACAGUUAGUAUCCUUCUCUCACAGUUAUGAAACAGUAGCAGCCAUUUUGGGUCCGUCUGGUUCCCCUCCAACAGAAGAUGCAGACAGUAGCAUUGUGGACCCAGAGGACAGUGCAGUCCCAUCUGAGAGCUCCUCUGAACCUGUCCCAGAUAUAUCUACCCUCAUUCAGGAAGCAGUGUCUGGAGAGGCACUGCAUGUUGAGGGUGAAACCAAACCAACUAUAGAGCUCCCAACCACUACUGAGUCAUCCUUGUUUACUCUGGAAGACAAGCAAUCCAACUCUCCAUCGGCAGUGAGACAAGACAGUGAGGAUGGGUUUGUUGGAGUCGAAGGCCGAAGCAGUAUGAGAAAAUGGCCGCCGUUGACGGAGGCUGACCUUACUGAGAUCUCCAGAGGAGAGUUUGUGGUAACUGGGGAAGAAGAGGUUACCCUUGACUCAUGGGCGCAAGUAGGGGAGAAGUCAACAUUCAAAGUGCAGGAUUCUGGACAGAUAACAGGUUAUGUUGAAGUUUUUUCAGCAGGGUCACCUAUCAAGACAGAAUUAUCACCUUCAUUACACCUGGACAAGGGGUGAGUGUCCUGGCAGCAAACCCGUCUCGGAACUAUUUGCCUGCACGGCUUGAGAAUACAAAUAUGUUUAGUUGCAGUUAUAACAUUGUCUCUUGUUUGCAUAAUGUUUUGCUCAGCAAUGCUUGCUACUCAGUGAACUGUGAUGGACAAGUCUACAGUACAGAAUGUUGGAUGUGUUUAAGCGGCUUCUUGAUGUUUAAAGCACUUGUUUGUGGAUCCAUGUCAUCAGUGUCUUUGUACUGUUUAUGCUGCUAUGUCAGACGUGUGACAAAUAUGUGUGUGUGCGCAUGCUUGUAAUUUAAGGAAAAAAACAUGGACGAUUUGUAUGAGUUAUAACUGUUCACUGUGUUGCGUUGUUCCCUUGUAACACUUCUUCAGUAUCUCCUCAGUGGACUUGGGUAUGCAACUGUCUCUAUUUAGUCAUUUGCUAGCUUAUGGAAUGUGGCUUUUGUGAAAAAUCAUUGUUGUAAGGUUGCUUUUUUGAUAAUAUAAUUAAACAAAAAAACGUUGUUUAAAGUGAGAAGUUAGGCCUUUAAUGGAAUCUAAUUCUAUAGCAAGACCUGAGACAUAACUUUUUUUUUCUUUAAGCCCCCAACACGCAAGCACAGAGGAAGCCUCUGUGUCUACCUCACAACCUACUGCAGACAAGUUGCUGGUAGAGGACAAGUCUGAAGAACAUAUAGUACCCAUCCCAGAUAAACCCUCUGAAGAUCAGACUGUCACCCCAGUCACCUCAGUUGAAACACAAUCAGAAGUUGUCCCCCCUCAGAGAGGCAGAAAGAAAAAGCGAUCCCUUCCACAAGAGUCUCAACAAAAAGCAGAUGACCAAGGAAGUGUGGCUACCCAGGCUGUCCCUGCACAGGUAACGACUAAACUGGUCGCUCCUCAUCGUGUGAAGAAAAGAGAGGGAAGUCUUCCACCAGAAACUCAACAGCAAGCUGAUGCUCAAGGGAUUGUAUUUAAUGUAGUUGCUUCACAGCCUCUAAGGAGAAAUGACAGCCUCACUCCAGAGCGCAAACAGAAAUCUGAGAAUGUAUCUGUACAGAAGCCCAUUGAAGUAGUCGCUUCCUGCUGUCCGAAGAGAAAAGACAAUAGUCUUUCAACAGAACCUCUAAAGAAAGCUGAUGGUCAGAAGGGUUUCACUUCCCAGGCAGCUGCUGAGGUGGUCCCAUCACGGCCUGGUAGUAAAAGAGACUGUAGUCUUUCAACAGAGCCCCAACAGAAAGCUGAUGCCCCUGUCCAGGCGCACAUAGACGUGGUCCCUCCUCGCCGUACUAAGAAAAGAGACAGUAGUCUUCCUGCAGAGUCUCCACACCGACCUUUGAGGAGAAAGGAAAGCUUCACUAAAGACACAUCAACACAGGCAACUGGCCUGGUCCCACCUCCGCGGCCAAGUAGAACCUCUAGAGCCUCCAGUGCAGAACCUUCAGAGAAACUUGGCCAGGUAGCCACUGAACUGAUUCUACCACAGCCAACUCCGAAAGCUGAUGAGCCAGAGAAUCUGAUUGCCCAGGCGGUUACUAAGCUGAUUCCACCUCAGCGCACAAGGAAAGCAUCUCCCUCUCCCGAACCUCGUCAGAAAGCUGAUAAUUUAGAGAGUGCUACUGGUCAGGUCACAACUGUUCCCCUAACACCAGAUCAUGUACCGACAGAGUCGUACCCGGACUUUGGUGUGAGAGAGACUGCCCCCCUCUUGAUCAUCAGAAAAAUAGCCCCGCCAAGGCGCAGCAAGAAAACAAAUUCUCCCCCAGUGGAAUCAGGCAAAGCAGAAGAUGAGGCUGUGGUUGUAGAGGCCCUGAAUGCUGCCAACCAGGGGUCUACAGCACCAGGCCAUAUAGAGGAUCUGAUGAUAGACUCGUUUGAAAAGGUUGAGGCUGAGAUGCAGUCUCAGGAAGUCACAGAAAUGUCCACUGAGCCAGUUGAAGAUAAGCCAGUAAUUUAUAGGCCGCUCAUUGGCAAGUAAGUUCCUGUAUUUCAUAUUGCAGUACGCCUACUGUAAUCUUAAAACGGUAUCAUAGCAAGUACUGUACAAUGACAUACCGUAGAAUUGACUGUAUUAUACUGUAAAAAAGUCAAUGCUACUGUAAUCUAAUGAAUGAAUGGAUGAAUUAAAUUCAUUGAGGGGAUUGGGGUUUGUAUUUCACAUUAUUUUACUGUAAUUACAUGGGAUUGGUGCAAGCAGGUUGGCUGCUAGGUAAUGUGUUUACAUAUCACAGCAUAUCAAUUGAUAUUUGGUGUUUUAUAUCACUUCCACUUCUAGAGGCCUUAACAAAGGCUUCUUAACAGGCUGCGACUACAGGGCAAAACAGACCAAAAGGACAUGGCAAAAUGCUCAACCAUUGAAGGUUUAAGACUUGUUGCAACUCCAAUCCUGUCCCCUAUAUAUUUUAGUUUGAUGGGUCACUACUACCACAGACCAGUUAAAUUGGUACAGCUUUCUCUAACAGGUGCAACAAAUAUAGCCUCUUACAAGACAUGCCUCAAAAUAUGUUAAUGAGCCAGAAACAACAAUACCAUGCACCCACUAGUGGUCAAAAGGUUUUUGGCGCUCCAAAUAUACGGUACGGUACUGUAUUCAGUGGGAUGGAAUUACAGUACCAUUCAAAAUAUCCAAAUUAUUUCCCCACCCACAACAAUUUCCCACAAUGCACCAUAAUUUACAGUAUGCUGCAGUAAAAUGCUUUCACAGUAUUUUACUGUUGAUAAUACCCCAAAUUAGCGCAUAAAUUACAGUUUUCCUUUACAGUGCAGCUCAGAAGGCAUUGACAGAGGACACUGCGCCAGAAGUAAAGACUGAGGACAAGCAGGAGUACUUACCAGUCCCAAAGCCUCGUGGGAAACGAGACCCGACCCCUCCUGUCCAUUUAGAUGCUACCAGACCAAAGACCCGGCAUGCCUCUAGUGGGGAUGACAACGAUUCUACCAGAGAGAGAGGACGUUCACAUGCAGCCUCAGCCUCUGUGCUUGAACCACCUCGACGCAGCAAGAGGAGCAGUAGUCUUCCUCCCGUACCCCCUGGGUGCCAGCCUGCAGCAUCUAGUGAAGUGGUGGUUGCUCCUCUGCGUAGGAGGAGGAGUAGACUAAACAUAGAACAAUCAAGCAUGCCUGUUCCAGUUCCCCGCUCGAAAAAACGCCUCAGUUCCACUUUCUCCGAUGGAACUCCUUCAAUGGACUCCUCAUUCACCAGGCAGACAGACUCCCUUGAGGGCUUGCUGUCUCUCUCUCAGGAAGACAAUCAAGCCACCAGUCAGGAAGCCACAGAGGGUUCAAUAUCAUUAACCUCAAGCAUGGUCUCCGAAGGGAGCUUUGUCACAAUUCUUCACUCAAAGGAGAUAUCACCAGAAGUUAUAGUCUGUGAGAAGGGACUGGAGGAGAGUGGGGAGAGCUGGACCUUCACAGAUACCGCUAUGGUCACUGAGGCCUUCACAGAUACUGUAAGCGAGGACAUUGAGAGGGGUUCAGAGGCAGAGACUGUCUUUGAGAAGGGACUGGAGGAGAGCAUGGAGAGCUUGACCUUUACAGAAACUGCCAUUGUCAUGGAGUCCUUCACAGAAACCCCUAAGUUCUUCGCAGACACUGUUAGCGAGGACAUUGAGAGGGGUUCAGAGGCAGAAGUGCUUGACAAGACCUCUCCAACCACUGCUACACCAGCUGAGGACGACUGGUUACAUGUUAAGGGAGCCAACGAGACAGAGAAGAUGGAGGUAGAGAGAAAAGACAUGGGGGUUGAAGAGGUGGACUUUGGCUUUGAGUCAGUAGACGUAGCUGCCGGAGGCUUAGACGAGGAGAGGUACUGUAUGUUAUGUUGGACACGCAUGUGCAAAAGAGUGGUUGUGUGACGUGUUUACAUUUUUGAGUGCAUUUACAUGUAGGGGAUUGUGGGGUAAGUUGAGAACUUUUUUACAUUCAGCAUCUCUCCAUCAAGGGAAAUAUAGUAUUAUCUCUAACAAAGAUAUUUACAUACACUACCAGUCAAAAGUUUGGACAGACCUACUCAUUCAAGGGUUUUUCUUUAUUUUUUACAGUUUUCUACAUUGUAGAAUAAUAGUGAAGACAUCAAAACUAUGAAAUAACACAUAUGGAACAAAUCUAAAUAUAUUUUAUAUUUGAGAUUCUUCAAAUAGCCACCCUUUGCCUUGAUGACAGCUUUGCACACUCUUGGAAUACUUUCAACCAGCUUCAUGAGGUAGUCACCUGGAAAGUAUUUCAAUUAACAGGUGUGCCUUCUUAAAAGUUAAUUUGUGGAAUUUAUUUCCUUCUUAAAGCGUUUGUUAAAAGACCAAGUCCAUAUUAUGGCAAGAACAGCUCAAAUAAGCAAAGAGAAAUGACAGUCCAUCAUUACUUUAAGACGUUUAGGUCAGUCAAUACGGAAACUUUCAAGAACUUUUAAAGUUUCUUCAAGUGCAGUCGCAAAAACGAUCAAGCGCUAUGAUGAAACUGGUUCUCAUGAGGACCGCCACAGGAAUGGAAGACCCAGUUACCCCUGCUGCAGAGGAUAAUUUCAUUAGAGUUACCAGCCUCAGAAAUUGCAGCCCAAAUAAAUGCUUCACAGAGUUCAAGUCACAGACACAUCUCAACAUCAACUGUUCAGAGGGAUCUGUGUGAAUCAGGCCUUCAUGGUCGAAUUGCUGCAAAGAAACCACUACUAAAGGACACCAAUAACAAGAAGAGACCUGCUUGGGCUAAGAAACACGAGCAAUGGACAUUUGUCCUUUGGUCUGGAGUCCAAAUUUGAGAUUUUUGGGUCCAACCGCUGUGUCUUUGUGAGAUGCGGUGUGGGUGAACAGAUGAUCUCCGCAGGUGUAGUUCCCACCGUAAAGCAUGGAGGAGGAGGUGUUAUGGUGUGGGGGUGCUUUGCUGGUGACACUGUCUGUGAUUUAUUUAGAAUUCAAGGCAGACUUAACCAACAUGGCUACCACAGCAUUCUGCAGCAAUAUGCCAUCCCAUCUGGUUUGGGUUUAGUGGGACUAUAAUUUGUUUUUCAACAGAACAAUGACCCAAAACACACCUCCAGGCUGUGUAAGGGCUAUUUUACCAAGAAGGAGAGUGAUGGAGUGCAGCAUCAGAUGACCUGGCCUCCACAAUUGAGAUGGUUUGGGAUGAGUCGGACGGCAGAGUGAAGGAAAAACAGCCAACAAGUUCUCAGCAUAUGUGGGAACUGCUUCAAGACUGUUGGAAAACCAUUCCAGGUGAAGCUGGUUGAGAGAAUGCCAAGAGUGUGCAAAGCUGUCAUCAAGUCAAAGGGUGGCUAUAUAAAAUAUAUUUUGAUUUGUUUAACACUUUUUUGGUUACUGCAUGAUUCCAUGUGUUAUUUCAUAGUUUUGAUGUCUUCACUAUUUUACUACAAUGUAGAAAAUAGUAAAAAUAAAGAAAAACCCUUGAAUGAGUAGGUGUGUCCAAACUUUAGACUAGUACUGUAUAUUUCAGGAUGUUGUGUAUCCCUGGAAAUAAUCAGAAUUCAUGUAAACAUGACAGUUUUGAAAACAUAGCUUGUCCAAAAAAGUGGUCUCUUGGCACAACUUACUCCAGGUAUGGGGUAAAUUGAGCCGUGGGACAUGCUAAGUUAAACCGCCUACAAAUGUACAUUCUGAAUUAAAUAUUACCGCUGCCUUUUUAAAAUCAUGUCUAUCUUUAUUUCCCAAACACAAUUCAACACAAUCACAAUCGCUUUUUGUCUUUUAUUCAUUUUAUGCAUCUUUUAACACAGGCUUAACACCUAACAAACACUUUGUACUUAAACACGUUUAACAUUAAGCCAGGCCCUGUUGCCUCAUAUCCCAGCGAUAAUGCCUUGCAGGAAAACACUUCAAUUUGCUCCACUUGCCAAUGCCUCAACCAUUGGCUCAACAUACCCCAAGGCAAACAUUUUGCCUAUAUUUGAACACAAAACUUAAAGGAUGCACUUUAAUGCUAGGUUAAGGACCGCAUGUUGAAGCUUAUAGAGACCUCAACUGAUGUAUAGAACAAUCUUAAAAUUAUCUACUUUGGUUUAGAUACAAGCAACAUGAAACGUCGAACGCAAUAAAUUAAUUUGUCUUAGUGAGAAUCCGUUUUUUGGACUUAACUUGCUUAGCCCUUUCCCAUGUGGUUUCUUCCUUCACAUACAGUUGAAGUCGGAAGUUUACAUGCACUUAGGUUGGGGUCAUUAAAACUCGUUUUUCAACCACUCCACAAAUUUCUUGUUAACAAACUAUAGUUUUGGCAAGUUGGCUAGGACAUCUACUAUGUGCAUGACACAAGUUUUCCAACAAUUGUUUACAGACAAUUUAUUUCACUUAUAAUUCACUGUAUCACAAUUCCAGUGUGUCAGAAGUUUACAUACACUAAGUUGACUGUGCCUUUAAACAGCAUGGAAAAUUCCAGAAAAUGAUGUCAUGGCUUUAGAAGCUUCUAAUAGGCUAACUGACAUCAUUUGAGUCAAUUGGAGGUGUACCUGUGGAUGUAUUUCAAGGCCUACCUUCAAACGCAGUGCCUCUUUGCUUGACAACAUGGGAAAAUCUAAAAAAUCAGCCAAGACCUCAGAAAAAACAGUCUGGUUCAUCCUUGGGAGCAAUUUCCAAACGCCUGAAGGUUCCAUGUUAAUCUGUACAAACAAUAGUACGCAAGUAUAAACACCAUGGGACCACGCAGCCGUCAUACUGCUCAGGAAGGAGACGCGUUCUGUCUCCUAGAGAUGAACGUACUUUGGUGCGAAAAGUGCAAAUCAAUCCCAGAACAACAGCAAAGGACCUUGUGAAGAUGCUGGAGGAAACAGGUACAAAAGUAUCUAUAUCCACAGUAAAACGAGUCCUAUAUCAACAUAACCUGAAAGGCCGCUCAGCAAGGAAGAAGCCACUGCUCCAAAACCGCCAUAAAAAAGCCAGACUACGGUUUGCAACUGCACAUGGGGACAAAGAUCGUACUUUUUGGAGAAAUGUCCUCUGGUCUGAUGAAACAAAAAUAGAACUGUUUGGCCAUAAUGACCAUCGUUAUGUUUGGAGGAAAAAGGGGGUUACUUGCAAGCCGAAGAACACCAUUCCAACCGUGAAGCACGGGGGUGGCAGCAUCAUGCUGUGGGGGUGCUUUGCUGCAGGAGGGACUGGUGCACUUCACAAAAUAGAUGGCAUCAUGAGGAAGGAAAAUUGUGGAUAUAUUGAAGCAACAUCUCAAGACAUCAGUCAGGAAGUUAAAUCUUGGUCGCAAAUGGGUCUUCCAAAUGGACAAUGACCCCAAGCAUACUUUCAAAGUUGUGGCAAAAUGGCUUAAGGACAACAAAGUCAAGGUAUUGGAGGCCAUCACAAAGCUCUGACCUCAAACCUAUAGAAGAUAUGUGGGCAGAACUGAGAAGGCGUGUGCAAGCAAGGAGGCCUACAAACCUGACUCAGUUACACCAGCUCUGUCAGGAGGAAUGGGCCAAAAUUCACCCAACUUAUUGUGGGAAGCUUGUGGAAGGCUACCCAAAACGUUUGACCCAAGUUAAACAAUUUAAAGGCAAUGCUACCAAAUACUAAUAUAGUGUAUGUAAACUUCUGACCCACUGGGAAUGUGAUGAAAUAAAUAAAAGCUUAAAUAAAUCAUUCUCUCUACUAUUAUUCUGACAUUUCACAUUCUUAAAAUAAAGUGGUGAUCCUAACUGACCUAAAACAGGGAAUUUUUACUAGGAUUAAAUGUCAGGAAUUGUGAAAAACUGAGUUUAAAUGUAUUUGGCAAAGGUGUAUGUAAACUUCCGACUUCAACUGUACAUGACCUCUUCCUAAAUAUUUGGUCAAAUUAUUAGAAACCAGGGUGAGUCAACAUACCCCUUUAGCUCAACUUACCACACCCUCCCCUAGUUGUUGAUAAUUCUACUACUACUACUACGCUUGUAUGAAAAUUAACUGAUUGAGAAAAUGCCAUAUAUUUAAUCCAUUACCAUUGUUUUAAAUGUGUUGCUACUAAACUGUUUGAACAAAAAAUCCAGAGUAUAACAUUCAGUUGCUGUGUAGUCAGGUCAUAUUAAAUCCCUGUCUUUAUCUUUUUAGUCAGCAGGAGGCAGCAGAGGAGCCAACAACGCCUAAACGCAGACCUGCAAACUCUCAGGAAAUGGGUCAAGACAGUGCUGCUUCUCCAGAAGUACGCUAUUUAUAGUCUUAUCAGUUGACCAAUCCUUCAACAUCCAUUUUGUGUCAUCAUUGACUUAUGAAAUGUUGACUCCUAACCACCAUCAUAACUGUCAAUUUUGUAACGACAAAACAACACUUGUUUUUAGGUUAUCACUGUGUGAAACCUGGUCAUUUCUAUACCAUAAAAUGAAGUGCCACUUCGAUUUAACUCUGAAUUGACCAAUUAUAUCUGAUGCCAUUUGUUGUUUUAGGGCCUCAUGGCCAGUCCUGGCCUGGUCACUUCCAGCCAGUUACUACUGGAGUGGUGUCAGGAGGCCACCAAAGAACACAAGGGGGUCAAGAUCACUAACUUCAGCACAUCCUGGAGGAACGGCCUGGCCUUCUGUGCCCUUCUACACCACUUCCACCCGGACAGGAUGUAGGUACCCUCUGUGGAGCACUUAGACAAAAACAUGAGCAGGCAUUAUGUUAUGGUUUCUUUAACCUUUGAAAAUGACAUCAUCAUAAUUUUUGUGUUAACUUGUUUCCUGUUCUUGUGUAUCGAUUUUCUCUCUCUUCGCUGCUUAGAAACUUUGAGAUGCUGGACCCUUAUGACAUCAAGCGCAACAACAAGAAGGUGAUUUCCCUCAUGUUUUUUCGUCAUGUGAUAAUCAGUCAGAGUAUAAUGUGCUAACCCAUCAUUUGCUACCCCUUUAAUUUUAUCAUGAAGUGUUUAGCACCUGAACAUUUUACCAGUGGUGGAAAAAGUACCCAAUUGUCAUACUUGAGUAAAAAUAAAGAUACUUUAAUAGAAAAUGACUCAAGUAAAAGGGAAAGUCACCCAGUAAAAUAGUACUUGAGUAAAAGUAUUUGGUUUUAAAUAUACAGUACUUACAUUUUUGAGUGCAUUUACUGUAGGGGCGAGUCGGAUAAGUUGAGCCAUUUUUUACAUUCAGCAUCACUCCGUCAAGGGAAAUAUAGUAUUAUUUCUAACAAAGAUAUUUACAUGUAUUUCAGGAUAUUGUGUAUUCCUGGAAAUAAUCAGAAUUCACGUAUACAUGACAGUUUAAGUCUCAAAAGUAAAAGUAUAAAUAAUUUCUUAUAUUAAGCAAACCAGACGGCAUGAUUUUUUUGUUUUAUUAUUUUAUAUAGCCAGGGGCACACUCCAACACUCAGACAUAAUUUACAAACGAAGCAUAUGUGUUUAGUGAGUCCGCCAGAUCAGAGGCAGUAGGGAUGACCAGGGAUGUUCUCUUGAUAAGUGUGUGAAUUGGUAAAUGUUUCUGUCCUGCUAAGCUAAAUGUAACGAGUACUUUUGGGUGUCAGAGAAAAUGUAUGGAGUAAAAUGUACAUUAUUUUCUUUAGGAAUGUAGUGGAGAAAAAGUUAAAGUUGUCAAAAAUAUAAAUAGUAAAGUACAGAUACCCCCCAAAAAGUACUUAAGUAGUACCUUAAAGUAUUUUUACUUAAGUACUACUGCAAUUUACCCAUCCACCCCAUCUCCUCUUUAACCCCCAGGCUUUCGACGGCUUUGCUGCGCUGGGCAUCUCUCGGCUGAUGGAGCCCUCAGACAUGGUCCUCCUGGCCGUGCCUGACCGCCUCAUCGUCAUGACCUACCUCAACCAGAUCCGCACCUACUUCUUGGGCCAGGAGCUGAGUGUGCUGCACAUCGAGGCGGACAGCAGCGAGUCCAGCUACGGUGUGGCCGGGGAGAGCAGGGAGGGCCCCGACCCGGAGGCCGCUGCACGCUACUGUCAACGGAUCCAAGAUGAGGCCCUCACAAUGGAGACCAAUGGGGGCGCUGCGGAGAAGGAGGCCUAUAGUGACACUAAGGGGGGCACCAAUGGGGAUGUGGUCCCGCCCCCUAGAACCAAGCGGCCGCAGGCUGCAGGGGCAGCAGGAGGGGCCCAGGCCCCCGUCGCACCCCCCAGGACACACUUCUUAUCUGCCAAGUCUGGGUUCUCCCACCUAAAGGAUGCAGAUCUGGUUAAGAAGCGGCGGUCGCAACGCAGGUCAAUAGACGAGGCCGACUCAACCGAGGUAAGCGGCCUAUGAUCUUUCUCUCUCUCUCUCUCUCUCCACUUUCUGCUAUCUCUCGUUCUCCAUCUCUGUGAGUGAUUCCUUUGUUGUAUUUACAGGUUGCUACAGGUCAGGAAGAGGAUGGAGCUGCCCGAAGGAAAUCAGAAACCGGUACAUACAGUCGUGGUCAAAAGUUUUGAGAAUGACACAAAUACUAAUUUUCACAAAGUCUGCUGCCUCAGUUUUGAUGAUGGCAAUUUGCAUAUACUCCAGAAUGUCAUGAAGAGUGAUCAGAUUAAUUGCAAUUAAUUGCAAAGUCCCUCUUUGCCAUGAAAAUGAACUUAAUCCCCCAAAAAACAUUUCCACUGCAUUUCAGCCCUGCCACAAAAGGACCAGCUGCCAUUAUGUCAGUGAUUCUCUCAUUAACACAGGUGAGAGUGUUGACGAGGACAAAGCUGGAGAUCACUCUCUCAUGCUGAUUGAGUUAGAAUAACAGACUGGAAGCUUUAAAAGGAGGGUGGUGCUUGAAAUCAUUGUUCUUCCACUGUUAACCAUGGUUACCUGCAAGGAAACACGUGCCGUCAUCAUUGCUUUGCACAAAAAGGGAUUCACAGGCAAGGAUAUUGCUGCUAGUAAGAUUGCACCUAAAUCAACCAUUUAUCGGAUCAUCAAGAACUUCAAGGAGAGAGGUUCAAUUGUUGUGAAGAAGGCAUCAGGGCGCCCAAGAAAGUCCAGCAAGCGCCAGGACCGUCUCCUAAAGUUGAUUCAGCUGCGGGAUCAGGGCACCACCAGUGCAGAGCUUGCUCAGGAAUGGCAGCAGGCAGGUGUGAGUGAAUCUGCACGCACAGUGAGGCGAAGAUUUUUGGAGGAUGGCCUGGUGUCAAGAAGGGCAGCAAAGAAGCCACUUCUCUCCAGGAAAAACAGACUGAUAUUCUGCAAAAGGUACAGGGAUUGGACUGCUGAGGACUGGGGUAAAGUCAUUUUCUCUGAUGAAUCGCCUUUCCGAUUGUUUGGGGCAUCCGGAAAACACCUUGUCCGGAGAAGACAAGGUGAGCGCUACCAUCAGUCCUGUAUCAUGCCAACAGUAAAGCAUCCUGAGACCAUUCAUGUGUGGGGUUGCUUCUCAGCCAAGGGAGUGGGCUUAGUCACAAUUUUGCCUAAGAACACAGCCAUGAAUAAAGAAUGGUACCAACACAUCCUCCGAGAGCAACUUCUCCCAACCAUCCAAGAACAGUUUGGUGACGACCAAUGGCCUUUUCCAGCAUGAUGGAGCACCUUGCCAUAAGGCAAAAGUGAUAACUAAGUGGCUUGGGGAACAAAACAUCGAAAUUUUGGGUCCAUGGCCAGGAAACUCCCCAGACCUUAAUCCCAUUGAGAACUUGUGGUCGAUCCUCAAGAGGCAGGUGGACAAACAAAAACCCACAAAUUCUGACAAACUCCAAGCAUUGAUUAUGCAAGAAUGGGCUGCCAUCAGUCAGGAUGUGGCCCAGAAGUUAAUUGACAGCAUGCCAGGGCGGAUUGCAGAGGUCUUGAAAAAGAAGGGUCAACACUGAAAAUAUUGACUCUUUGCAUAAACUUAAUGUAAUUGUCAAUAAAAGCCUUUGACACUUAUGGAAUGCUUGUAAUUAUACUUCAGUAUACCAUAGUAACAUCUGACAAAAAUAUCUCAUAACACUGAAACAGCAAACUUUGUGAAGACCAAUACUUGUGUCAUUCUCAAAACUUUUGACCACGAUGUACAGUAUAUUGAUUUUGUAUGAUGUGAUCGGAGUUUACCCCCACACUGACUUACUGAGUCUCCAGUUUCCCAGGAACUUUGAUUGCACAACACCCAUCAGAGGUGCAGUGGAUAGGAGAGCAAGAGAGUACAGACACAAGUCAUCACAGUUUUCUUUGCUGUACUUGACUCAUCCAUCCCCUGAGCAUUGGCUUCACUCACUCUAAUUACUUUGAUGGUUUCCUGUCGUUAGGAUCAGUCCUUGGCCUAUCAAAUUAUGCUAAUUGCCUCUUGUCAUCGCAGUUUAGUUUGCCACUUUAAUGCUCGUCCAGCAAUUGCUCAGUGGAGCUACUGCAUUAUGUUCCUAUGUAUUUCUUUACGUAGUGUUUGUGUGUAUUUUUCAUAUAGAAGGGGAAGCUGGUGAAGAAGGACGAUCGGCUGAGGAGGAGUGCCAGGUCUGUCACGUUCACAAAUCCCUGCCUGCCGCUGUCAUAAACACUUUCGUGCAUCAAGGAAAUACCAAUGUUCUGUAUAUGAAAGAAGUAUCAUUCUGUGUGUGUGUGUGCGUGUGCGUGUGUGUGUGUGUGUGUGUGCGUCCAGGACGCCAGCCAGUAUGCACUGAGCGAAAUGAAGGCCCUAGAGGCAGAACAGAAGCACAUUGACAGCAGGGCAGACAUCGUGGAAAGGAGACUACGGCGACUGAUGGAGUCAGGUGUGGUCCUCUGUAGCUCAGCUGGUAGAGCACGGUGCUUGUAACGCCAAGAUAGUGGGUUUGAUCCCCGGGAUCACCCAUACACAAAAAGAAACAAAAAAAAGAAAUGUAUGCACGCAUGACUGUUAGUCGCUUUGGAUAAAAGCGUCUGCUAAAUGGCAUAUUAUCAUUAUAGGUGAGGGGGGGAUGGAGGGAGGAGGGGGAUGAAGAAAGAGAAAGAAAUAUACCCUUGAAGUAUAUAUAAGGCUUUCAGUAUUUUCAAAGCUUCUCUUUAUAAUGAUGCCCUCUCUGUCUCCAUACAUGUAGGUAGUGACAAGAUGCAGGAGGAGAAGCUGAUUCAGGAGUGGUUCACUCUUGUCAACAAGAAGAACGCCCUCAUCAGGAGACAAGACCAACUACAGCUACUGUAAGAUCCCCCAUCCCCACUGUGUUCUCUACCGUUACCUAGUGCUUUAAACAAUGCUGACAUAUUAUAGAUACAUUACAUUGAUCUAACCAAAAGUAAUUCUGCUCCACAGACAAGAAGAGCAGAACCUGGAAACAAGGUUUGAGAUGCUGAACCGAGAACUGAGAGACAUGAUGGCUACUGAAGGUAAAACUACAGUACCAAUAUACUGAACUACAAGAUCCAUGAUUCAACUCUUUUCUGCAGUACAGCUCACUACUGUGGUCAGUUAUGGUCAUAGUGACAUCCAAAACAUACAAUAGCAAAAAUCUGUCUUAAAGCUAGAAUCCUUAAUUGAAACAAUAACAACGUUUAUUUUCCCCGCCCGUUUCGCUAAAAAGCUAAGGGAUGGGGCUGGAUAAACGUAACCACUCUCAAAUUCAUAGACAGAGCUAUUUAUGCAAUGACUGACCAUCCAUGAUAUCAAAUGUAUAGUUUUAACCAUGUUUUAGGUUUUAGAGCGUUUGUUUACAUUUAUGUUGUUUACAAACAUUGGAGUAAAACAAGCUUAUGGGGUACGACCGUUGAGCUAAGCUCACGAGGCAUUUAUAAGUUAUAUUCUUCAAGAAUCAAUGGGUAUAUAUCAUUAAUUUAUAAGUCCAAAAAUGGAUGUAGCAACUAAGAAUUCUAGCUUUAAGUCUGCAAAGGAAAUCUAAAGUGUGUUGUUGCAUAUGGCACUAAGCUUUGGGUGUGAUUGACUCACGCUAGUUCUGCCAACUGUGCCAAGUGGUAUCUGCCCACUAGUUGGUUUGAGGAAGUGAUCCUUUCUUUAAUGUCAUUAUUUAUCUGAAUCCUUUAUUAACUUCCAGUUUCAUCAUUAGGUUAUAGAUCUUUAAAGAGAAGGGGAUUUUUGUUUCACACGAAAUUAGAAUAUUAUUAGAACAAGGGGAAAAAAAUUAAAAAGACCAUUGCAAGAAAAAGGUGGUCAUGGAACUCAAGUGCACAUUGGCAAAGCAACAACUGUCUUCUCUACUCUGUAUCACCCUCAAUCCCGUAUCACUCUUUCCCUAUCUUCCGCUCCCUCUCUCCCUCCCACUCCCUUUUUUCUGUCCUCCAGAGUGGCAGAAGACAGCUGCUCAUAAGCACAGGGAGCAGCUGCUACUGCAGGAGCUGGUGUCUCUGGUCAACCUGAGGGACGAGCUGGUCCACGACAUGGACGCCAAGGAGAGAGGGUGAGACAGCCAUGUCUGCAUAUCAGGGUUCCGCAACUGGUGACCAGUUGACCGAAUUUAGCCUGCGGGUUGUUUUAUUUGGCCCCUCAAGUUUUCUGAGCAAAAAAACCCAAAAACAUUUAUUUAUUUAUUUUCAUUGUUGGACAUAAAAGAUUGUAAAAACACCAGGAAAUCAGCUGCAAGUUAUUUUAAUUUUGGAAAUCUGUUCCCAAGUAUUUCCACUCAUAAUAGAGAGACACGUGAUCAUAUACAAAUGUAAGCAAGGUUUGAAAUUAUUAUGUUUUAGUCAAAUAUUAUAUCUGUUUGGGCUUCUUGCGGGUUAAUUUGCAGUCUACAAAUUAUUUGUAAUCAUGUUCUGGCCCAACCAUCUGCUCAAGACAAAAAUCGUCCCGCAGCUGAAUCUAAUUGAUGAUCCCUGCCCAAAUAAUGCACUACUUUUGACUAGAGCCCAAAUGGCCCCUGGUCAAAAGUAGUGUACUAUAUAGGGAAUAGGGUGCCAUUUGGGACGCAUCCCAUGGCCCAGCUGAGUCAUACAUGCUGAACAGACACAGCAAACACUUUACACGCUCUGUUACACAUAAACCAUGGGUGUAAUCAUCUGUUAAUAUAUGGUUUGACAGGAUGCUAAGGGGUGAAUGAGAUAUCAGGUGUCUUUGUGAGUUUUGUCUUCCACUGCCACACAGUUGAACCUAAGUCUGAGAGAGGGACUAUUUGCUAUGAGGCUACUGUUCUAGCAGGUCUCUCUCCCUGUUCUCUGCGCCUAGGGCUCUGGAGGAGGACGAGAGGCUGGAGAGAGGCCUGGAGCAGAGGCGCAAGAAGUACAGCAAGAAGAGCAAGCAGGAGAAGUGUGUGCUGCAGUGAGGCCUGGCGUCGGACACACCUGAACCAGGCAGCCCAGUGGAAGGUCACCUGGGUGCACUUUGGGAUUGAUGAUGUAUGUGUGUGGUUCAUGACAUCCACACUGCAUGGAAGAGACUGAGAACUGUGUUAAGUGACUGCACUAAGAGGACGUAAAACGAUGUUCGCCCCACCCCUUUCUCCAUGAUAUGAUUGAGCCUCAAUCCAACCUAUGACUGGUUAUCAUCAGUCACUUUGCUCUUCAGAUUGUGUUUUGAUUGGAUUGAAGUGUUUUUCUUGUCGCAUAUGUUUCUAUAUGGAUGCAUAGUGUUUGUGUACCUGUGUUUGUGCGUGUGAAUGUGUGCGUUGAUGCGUGUCAUUGUGUGUGCAAUCUAUGACUGUAUGGCUUUAUUUUGUGUAUUAACUUAAGGUCACAAAGACAUAUCCCUAACUAACUUAUCACCAGAUAGUUGCCUUACUGUAGAAUCUGUUACAGUAGUGUAUUGUAUAAUGGGUUACUUAUAAAAGGUAUUUUCCACUGAAUGGCAUAUUAUGGACGGGACAGGGCUCCAGUCACUAUGUAUACCAAAGACCUACUUUAGGCCCAUGCAGCAGGUAGAUUGAUUCACCCGUCUUCACCUACAGUUACAUGAAACUGACAGGAGCAGUCUGAUUUAUUGCCAAUUACAAUGGAGAGAUGGGAAGUUUAGUACUCAACUUGUGCCAAACAAAUAAUGCCAAAAGGAUCUUUCUUAUUUCUUGCAGUAUGUUGUCUGAUUGUUUAUCGCUGUGGAUGUUGAGGAAAGAAGAAAACUGACAUUGUUGACAAGGUCUUGGGAUUGAAGAUGUUAAAUGUUUACUUGCAGUGCUCCAACACUCAACCAGAGUGGGAGAUUUAGGAGGGAAGGGAGAAGGACGGGAGUCUACUAUACGGUAGCUAGUACCGUAUACUACAGCUCGGUGUCUGAAAGAACAAAACCGGAAGUAUGAACUUUGUUCCCAGUUCGCAUAUGUUUAUGCAGUGAGUUUGAGUUUAGUUACUGUUUGUGACAUUAGUCUUGCAAUGUCUUGUUUUCCAUUGAUUGGGUUUUGUUGUUUUAUGAGUUAAAUUAAUUGAUGUAGAAGCUGUGGAGUCUGAAAAUGAUACAUUUCAAGAUUAUCUAAAAUACUAGAGAACAGCAAUAUUCAAACAGAAAACAUCAGGCAAAUGCAUGUUUUGUAGUAUUUCCAUCUUUACCUCACCACUAUCAAUUACUAUAGUCUUAUGCACAUGGUUAUUACAGAAAAUGUAAUGUGCAAAAGUGUAUGCAGUUAACAAAUAACCCUCAUAAGCUAACAAGGUCUAAAAAAUACACUUUACUUUUGCAAAAAGAUAUUCUAAGAUUAAAACUCCAGCACUUCAUUACUGCAGUAUUACUAUUAUUGGCCAAGACUGGACCAGAGGUUGAUAUUCGCUUGACCUCUGCUGCGCUACACUCUGGGUUACGAUAAGUUCUCAUGAGUGCAGGCGUUUCUAUUUCAGUGGAAGGAACUACAUAACAGAGUAAAAACGAGAUUCUGUCCUGAGUAAUUUGGGGUGCCAUUUGACUGAGUGAAGGUUUGUUUUAGACAUUGAAGUGUUUGAACUUGUGUUUCAGUCUGUGCCCCCUCUGCCCUACUGUCAUUAGUUACUGUGGUAAUGAUUACCAUCCCCUGCCCUGUGUGAGUUUGAGAAAUUUGCUUUUAGUUUUCUGAAAUAGCUUUUUGGGGAUGUUUUUUUUGUUUUCAUGUUACGUACAUUUGCACUAUUUGUAAAGUUUGGAGAAUAAAAGCUAUUUUGGAUCACUCUAAGAAACCACAAUGCGUCUAUUUAAUGUUAGUUUUUAUAUGGAAAUCAUUAAUGAAUCCUUACACUUAUCUAC